AUGAAGGAUCGUCAGCGCGCCUGGACAAUGGCAGGCUUGCGGUACACGCAGGCUCCAAUCGUGGUCUUGACCCUGGUGAGCAUGAUGUUCAACAUCGAGGGAUUGAACUGGAACUCGCCGAUCGACCAUUUUGAGACCUUCAGUGGUGGUGGGUCAGUGACCAUGGGAGAGGUUGAAGCAGGACGCACCGCAGUGAGCUUCGACAUCAUCCAUGAUGAGGUGAAGCAAAGCAUGUUGACACGCCCAGGUUUUUGUAACGCCCUUUUUUGGGCUCUGAACCUCAAGCCGGGUGCUGGCAAAGUGACUGCGCCCGUGUGCAGCACAUGGGUCUUCAUGUCAUCCGGCUCCACCAAAAGAAGCCGGACCAAUCCUCUUGGAAGUCCUUCAAGCCCGGCUUGCCAGGAAGCUAAUGUUAUGCUUUGUCGCCUCCUGAUCUUGUUGAUGGUUUGCUCAGCCAAAGGGUGCUGGUGGGUACUGGAACAACCAGCAUCUUCAGUGAUGCCCUACCAUCCUCUUUUCCAGAAGUUCUUACAGCUCCGAGGGAUUGCAGUGAGGAAACUUUACACUUGCGUGGGCUGGUUCGGGGCGCCGUCCCUCAAGCCAACACAUUUGUUCAGUAGCCACAUUGAGAUUGAAGAUUUGAACAGCCUUGCUCGCAAGAACUUUGUUCCUCGACAAGUCGAGAAUGUUGUGCACUACGUUGAUUCCCAAGGAAAGCCCAGAAUCUGCGGAGGCCGCCACCUCAAGUCCUCCCAGACUUACCCAAGAAGAUUCGGUCGGGCACUAGCGACCAUCCGGACCAGCAAUCGCAGAGCAGUGCAGAAGAAGGCCAAGGCUUUCCUCAAGAAGGCAAUGACUGCCAAGACCAGCGCUGCAGAUUGCCGACCCAGGAUCAACAACCAGUGGAUUGAGGGAGCUGACUUGAAGCCAGUUUUCACAUACCUAUCGGUGUAG